AUGUCUGACGCCUCUACCGAGUCAAAGCCCAAGGCCAGCAGCGGUUCGUCUGGUGUCAAGUCGUUCCUGUCUGGCGGUUUUGGAGGCAUGUGCCUGGUCAUGGCCGGACACCCGCUCGACCUCCUGAAGACGCUGGCUGAGAACGGCAUCCGGGGCAUGUACCGCGGCAUGGGAGCACCGCUUGUCGGCGCGACCCCCGUGUUCGCCAUCUGCUUCUGGGGCUACGACCAGGGCCAGAGGAUUAUGCGCUCUGUCUACAACCUGUCGCCGGAGGAUAAGCUGACGACCAACCAGAUUCUGUUCGCCGGAGGGCGAUCAUGGCGCCCAUGGAGCGCAUCAAAUGCACGCUCCAGGUCAGCGGAACCAACGGAGCGGCUGUUUACAAGGGCCCGGUCGACGCGGCCAUGGGCAUUGUGCGGUACCGGCGGUAUCAGCUCGCUGUUCAAGGGCACGUGCGCGACUCUCCUGCGCGACGUCCCCGGCAGUGUUGCGUACUUUGGCGCCUACGAGCUGAUCAAGAAGGCGCUGACCGACCGGAGCGCCGGCGAGGGCGCCAUCUCGCCCUUGGCCAUCGUCACUGCCGGUGGUCUGGCCGGUAUGGCCAACUGGGCAGUGGCCAUUCCGCCUGAUGUCCUGAAGUCGCGGCUGCAGACGGCGCCUGAUGGCAAGUACUCGGGAGUCCGCCAGGUCUUUAUCGAGAUGAUGCGGACCGAGGGUGCGGGUGCGCUGUUCCGCGGCAUGGGCCCGGCGCUGCUGCGUGCAUUCCCGGCCAACGCCGCGUGCUUCCUGGGUGUCGAGCUGUCGCGCAAGGCCAUGGACAAGGUGUUCUAA